CGGGCUCUGUGCAGACGGGGACGCGGAGCCCUGUGGACGGGUUGGGACGUCGCGUCAAGUCCGGGAUUUCGCAGAAACAAUGUGAGAAGCUACGCAUUUCUGUAAACACAGAAAAAGCAGGAGAUCAGUGGAUGCUUGCCUCGACUUCCACAUUGUUUGUUUGGUUUCGGACGAGGUAAAUCAUGGCCAAGCUGCGUGAGCACGUCCCCCCGGAGCGCACGAGACGCGCCGCCGCUUUGGCACUGCUGCUGUGCGCGCGGGCCUGCCUCGGCUUCUCGGUCGCCGGCCACCAGGAGAGCACCUGCGAGGCCAACGGCAGCGUGUACUACGUCGGAGAGUGGUACUUCCUGGACUCGGACCACUGCACGCAGUGCGAGUGCACCGCCGAGGGCUCCGCGUGCGCCCGCACCGACUGCACCUCUCUGCCGGCGGCGUGCAUCCAUGUCAGCCACUACCCCACCGACUGCUGCCCCAGAUGUGAGCGGAUCGGGUGCGAGUACCGAGGGGUUGUGUACGAGCUGGGACAGAACUUCCAGCCUUCAGAAUGUGAGCAGUGCACCUGUGAGAGCGACGGCAUCGCCCGCUGUCUGGUUGCAGACUGCGCCCCUCCACCAUGUGUGAACCCUGUUUACCAGCCUGGAAAAUGCUGUCCUGAAUGCAAGGAUGGUCCUAACUGCUACGCUGACGCCUCACGCAGUCAGGUGAUUCCUGCAGGAGAGCCCGUCUGGGUUAACCCGUGCACCAAGUGUCGCUGUCACGAUGGACAGGACGCCGGCUACUGGGAGGGAAACCGCCUCGCCACGUGUUCCCACCUCAAAAACUGCUCGCGGGAACAGCCGACCACACAGCAAAACUGAGUUCUCCCUAAAAAACACAUGCUCCUUCAAGAACAAACCUGCAUUCAGGAGCAGAAUUUUUCAUAGCAGAAAGCAGCAGAACUGCUUUCCCAAGACUUUUAUAAAACUAAUAACAUCCACAGAUCCAUUCAUUAAAUCCAUUCUAAAAAAAUCACACAAAAAUGAUAAAACUCUUUCUGCAAAACUAGAUCAGUAUGGUUUAUUUUUAGAAAGCAGUGGCUUUUGUUCACCUUAAUUUCCAGAGACCUGCUUUGGGGAAACUAUAACAAAGCCAAUGACUUUAUCAGAUGACUAGAAAUUGUAAUUGACCUGUCGCAGGUUGAUUCAGCACCCGAAUGCCUGCAAUUUAGCCUAGAAAACAGCCUUAGCAACGCCAUAAGCAAUGUAACUGCACCAUGACAUGCUGGAACGUCACAUAUGGGACUACAGGCGAACAUUUACAGUAGUUGUAGACAUAUAUAAACACAGCCUUCAUUUAACGGCCCGUGAUUUGUGCACGUUCGCUGUAGGGCAGAAAAAAACAAUCUGUAAUUUGCUGCGUCAUUAAUCUCCUCAGUUGUGGUCACCAUCACAUUGAAUGUACAGCGAGUGUGAUGGAAUAUUGGUUCAUGUGCAUCACUUCUCCCUGCAAUUAAUUGUAAUUAUCUACCAAUAACAAUAAGGGAUGUUUAAAUGAAAACCAAACAUACUGA